AUGGAUCCAUUGAGCGUGAUUGCCUCUGUAGCGGGGAUUGCAACCGCUGCAGGUGAGGUCAUCAAGAUUCUCGGUCCAUAUAUAACUGCAAGGGAGGACGCACCCAAGAUUGCGGCUGAAGUCUCCUCUGAGACUCUGGCGACCCAAACUAUCAUUACUGGGCUAGAACAGCUCAUCAGCAACUUCUCCACGUCUAAUGUGAGAUACGCGUCACUGAUACAGGUGGAUCAGUUGACAGCAGUGCUCUUCGAUGGAGUCAAGAUAUUUUCCGAGCUGUUGGUAGCGCUGCAGACGCUGCCGCCACUUGAACCUAGUAGCCCUGGUGGAGGCCUGUGGACGCCGAUCCAGUGGGUCAGAAAGAAGAGUUCUUUAGCUGCAAUACUUCACAGAUUGCAGGCAUUCAAGUCAUCUAUCGUCUGCAUCUUAAGCAUUCUGCAGAGGAGGAUGAUAGGCAUGGAAAACACUAUUGAUGCAAUGUCGCAUCGCCGAGCAACAACCCAGCCUACGAGGGAUAUGAAUACCCUGAAGGGGAAGAGUACGUCAUCUUGGCGGUCCUCUCUCUUCGAAUUUGACUUUGAGCAUGAUCUCAAAUUAUCUCGUGUUUACCGUCAUGCCAAGAGAGAUACCAUGGACUUUUCAGCACGCAGUUCUGUGGCCCCCACCCACGCAUGGUCGAGCUUGUCCGGAAUCAGUCUGAGCGACAUAUCUCACAUUUCCGUCCUAGCUCUUCCGCUGUACGUAGAGGACAUCUCGAAUCCACAGCAUUAUAAAUUUGGGAGAGAUAUCGUCCAGCUUACACCUUUACUGGCUCCAACGAUUCUCACGAGAUCGAUCUACCACGACUGCAUUGAAGUGCAACUUCAGUUAUCGCAGUUCGAAUGGUUCGCGCAGUUCCAGCAUCAGCUCUCCGAGGAUGAAAGUCCACUGUCAAAUCUGAUCUCCAUAUUUAGUCUAGGUACACCACUGUUGAUGCUGUUCGAUCAACUCGACAAUUCAUAUCACGAGAGAUGGAAAGAAUUGAUCGCGUCGAGUCCAUCUGACGAGGUAUCAAAAGCCGCGAUAACUGAGUUUGUUGAAGCUUGCAUCCAAUGUUCGCAUAUCCCCCCAUCCCAUUACGUCACAGAUACCGAAAUCCUACUCGACGAUACGACGAAUCAUGUGAAGGUCAUCAGCCUAGUGCGACUCCUUCUAUCGAGGCUAACCAAAGCCAGUGUAAUUCAAGCGAUCGUAUUUGAAUCUGCACCCAAUAUCUUUGCCAUGGAGCCCAACCCCGCAGGUUUGGCUGUGGAUGCAUUCCUCUGCGAUGAGAGGCUCUAUCUCCAACAUCUGGAGAGUCUAUUCGAAAAUGUCAAGAAGAUCAGAUCAUCUCGCAUCCUCCCCACAGAUACUUUCGACCCCUUGUUUGCGCCCGUCGGCCCACUGGUCAAUGUUCAAAGACAGUUUCUGAUAAAAGCCGAAAUGCUGGUUUCGAAACCGUAUGCACAGCAAACUUGGCAAAAGGCUUUCCAGGAAUGGGCAGUAAAUUCGAGCCCUUAUUAUGCCGCCCUCAUCACCGGGGAAGCAGAGUCAAAGUCAAUGGUCAGAGCUGCAUUCUCAUCGAGCAAUGUUAACGAUUUCGAGCGUCGAGGAUUAUUAGGCGAUGUCCUAGCAGUGCUUGGCCUUCCCACUCAACGACUAGACAAAUACGAUGCCCUUUUAGAAGAACUUACCCAAUACGGGCUCCAUGACCCUGAUCACAUAAAAUCAGCAAAAACGAGUCUAAAAAUGGUUAAAGAGGCUGUUAACGAUUCCAACAUUGCUCGGGAACUCAGCCGUGCUAAAGCUGCGCUGUCUAAAGACCAAGAUUAUGAGACCAACAAGGUUAUUUGGGGACUGGGUAAACUCUUGAUGUUUGAUAGAGUCGAUACAAUGGAUGCUGGACAAGAAAAGAUCCAGCUCUAUUUGUUCCAGAAGGGGAUUUUACGAGCAGUAGAAUCGCUCCCGAAGAGUCGACGAAGAGGUAUGCUAGGAUAUGGAAAGCCUUCCCCUCUAGAACUCCUCAGAGCCCGGCUGUCAAUUGUUCAAAUCAUUCCUGCAAAGGACAUCAAGCAGUUCGUCAAGCCCUACUUUCACGAUGAUUUUGACCCCUCCAAGCAAGACACAUAUCGUAGAUCAUGCGUCAUUGACAAUGAAGUUGCUGAAAUCGACGUGAUUGACACGACUGGACAAGAAGAAUAUUCUUAUUUUGCAACGAUAAAUCAGUUUGGCCGAGAAGUAGCAGGCUUCAUGCUGGUUUACAGUGUCACAAGUCGUCAGGGCUUUGAAGGAAUUACCACUUACUAUGAUCAGAUCCUGAAGCAAAAGGACAAGGAUUACUUCCCGACGGUUAUAGUUGGCAUUGAGUGUUUGCAGGAAUCGCUCAGAGAAGUAUCAACACAAGAAGGUCGAUCCUUGGCAAAGCGACUUGGUUGCAUAUUCGUCGAAGCAGAUGCCGAGUCCAGUGUCAAAGUCGAUGCGGCAUUCUUUGACUUGGUACGGGAGGUUCGACGGUACCGCCGUGACAUGAUUGGGUGUUAG